AUGGUUGCUCCAUAUCCUGAUGCCUGGGAUAUACCGGAAGAUGUGGAGAAGUUGGUAAUACCUAGUGAAUACCAACUAACAUUUCUUCGUUACUUCCACAUCCAACCUGAUAGUGCCCAUCGAGGACGCGAAGCCACGCUUUCGAGUGUUGGUCGCUCAUUCUGGUGGUCUAAUAUGGCAAAAAGUGUGAAGAGUUUCUGUAAGCACUGUUUAGGCUGUCAGUUGAGGAAGAGCUCUCAUGAUCCACUGGUCGGUCGACUCAGAACGUCCAUCUAUACUAAGCCGUUCUCCGCUAUUGGCGUCGACUUGAUCGAAAUGCCGCCAGGUGAAAGUGACGUUGAGGGGCAUCCGUAUCAUUUCAUCUUCCACGCGGUCUGUCUAUUCUCCAAUUAUGUUAUUACUCGUCCGCUUCGAUCUAAGAGUAUGAUGGACGUAGCAAAAUGUCUAUUCAAUGAGGUUAUCUGCCAUCAUGGUUACUUUGGUACGAUUCGUUCAGAUCGUGGGAAGGAAUUUUGUAAUUCCCUACUUGAUGAAUUGUAUAAGUUCGGAAAUGUUGAGGUUCAGCGAACUUCGUCGCUGAGAGCGCAGUUCAAUGGCCAGUGUGAGCGUGCUCAUAGAUUCCCGAUGGAUGCUCUUGCCAUACUCUGCAGCGGUCGUGAGGAUCGAUGGCCACACUUCUUGCAGCCGGUUACAUUCGCUCAUAACACGAAUCCUGGUAAUGGCCGGUUAUUUUCGCCGUAUUUUAUUACUCAUGGUGGUCGGAAUCCACCCACUCUGCCUGACCUCUUGUUGAAGAGUGGCAGUGAUUCUUCAUGCGAGCCUUCAGAUCUGGAGAUAGAUUCUAUGGCAGUUGAUAUGGUGGAAUCUAUGAAGACUGCCCACGUAUGUGUCCGUCUUGCCCUCCUAGAUGCUCGCUUGAAGGCGAAGAACAAGUAUGAUAAAAACCGAUCCGUACCGGACUUCGUUGAGGGGGAUUUUGUUGGCCUACGGGCUCCGCCACGACGAUCGAAGCUGAGUUUGAAGUGGCGCGGUCCUUAUAUUGUAAGUGAUCCUUGCAACAAUACCGUACUUCUCAAAAGUGUUCCUCAUGGACCUCCUACUACCGGUACUCGAGUCAAUGUGGAUAGAUUGAUUCACUUGAACUUAUCUGGGGACCUUAACUCCACUAUUGUCGAAGGGUCUGUCAUUGAUAACCAACAUGGUCUUGUUAAUCUUCCCGCUAUAUCAGAAGCUG